AGGUAUCUUGCUAUUAUGCUUGAUAUUGAGCUCAAUCGCGCAUGGUUUCUUGACAAUAUCAGCAGGACAUUGAAAUUGAGUCAUCUUUAUACCAUGAAAAGGGCAAUGCCAUGGAGUGACGAUGAGGAUGAUUCAUCAUCUGAUGAGUCUUCAACCUUGGAUACAGACACGGAAUCUAAUGAUGGGUCUGGCAAGAACAAAAAGAGGAUUAGUGUUAAAUCUACUCAACCCUCCAGGGGAAAAACAUCUGAAGCUGAUUCUGCAAAGCGGAAGAGCAGAGGUGUAGACUUUGAAGCUUUAAGCCGGCAUGGCUAUAAAGGUGGACUAUCGAUCUUGGGUGUGCCUCCACCAAAAGAGGUUGACCAAGAUUGGUCUUGGUCUACUGGCAAGGAAAGUCGAGCAACACAGAAGACUGAAGAAACUUACGAAGAACGACAGAGAACCAGAGCUGCUAUUAUUGAAGGAGAGGAGCUAACCAAUGCGCAAACUCAGAAAGAGAAAAAGAACCUUUCAUUUUCACAGAAGGAGAAGAGGAAGAGAGAUAUUGGUCAGGCUAGUCGUGGGAAGAAUUAUGUUGAAGAAGAGAAGAGGCUGCUAAGGGAUAAUGGUGUUUAUUCUGGUUUUGAUUCCUGAUCUGAGAUAACAUACUUCUUUAGUUCCUUGUUUUGUAAAAUAUGUAUUAAAAAAAAAAAAAAAAAGAUCUCUUGUGCGUUUAAAAAUAAAUUUUAAGCUUGUUACUUUUUAUUUGCA